AAUUGUGCACCACUACAAUAAAGGUGUGGAAAUCCAAAAAGUUGACAAAAAGAAAAGCAAAAAUACACAUAUUUAGUGCAAAUUAUAUUAUAAUCAACUUUCACAAAUUACAGUAAACAUAACUGUAAUGUUAAGGGAUUUAACAACGUACAGCAAAGCCUCAAACUGAUAUUGUUGUGAAGUGUGAAAAGAGUGCGCGUGUGUGUGUGUGUGUGUAAGUCAAUGAAUACCCGUUAGACGGCCAAAGUGUUCAGUUGGAGGACUUUACGGAUCUAAAACACACAAGAAUAUGCCGUUGCCCAAGCGAUCCAUUGAGCCCGUGCAUGUGGCGCGAUCUGUUUACCAGCAGGAUGAGCUGCAGUCCGUGGAGCUGGAAACGGUGACAAACACAACACUGACAAAUAUAAUACGACAAUUGUCGUCCCUAUCAAAGCACGCCGAGGAUGUCUUUGGCGAGUUGGCGCGCGAUGUGGGCAACAUUGGGGAUCGGGCGAAUUCGCUGCAGGCGCGCAUCGAUCGGCUGGCUAUUAAAGUAACGCAGCUGGACAGCACCGUCGAGGAGGUUCCACUCACGGAUAUAACGCGCAAGAAAGCGUUCAAAUCGGCAAAGAUAUUCGAUCAGCAGAUCUUCUCACGCUCCACAAUGCCCGCCCCAAUGCUGGAGACAUAUGCGUUGUGCGACAAACCGCCGCCAUUGGACAAGCUCAACGUGUAUCGGGACGAUGGCAAGGAUGGCCUCAAGUUCUACACGGAUCCCAACUAUUUCUUCGAGCUUUGGCGCCAAGAGAUGCUCAAGGAUACGGAGCGUGUAAUGCACGACAAGGGCAAGAAGACGCAUCGUCCACGGCAGGAGGGCGCCGGCGGCAGCGGUCCCAACAAUCGACACAAGAAACGCGUCCGUACACCCCACAAUACACGUGAACAGCAGCGACAGAAAGCUCUGGGACACGGCGAGACUCUGAUGCCCAACAACGUCAUCUAUCGCACGCCCAAUGCAAUGCCCAAUGAAGAGGCCGGAUAUGACAAUUCAGUUAAGCCCUAUAAUAUGCUCUCACAUUUGGAGAAUAACAGUAAUCUCACAAAGCAAACGGCUAUCGCUAUUACAGAUAUGGGCAUAUACGAUUCGCGCCCACCGCGACCAAAUUCAAUUGAGCUGCGGCGCAGCUACCAGUCCGAGCAGAUCGAUGGCACCGGCUAUGAGCAACUCACACCACAGGCAGCGGCCAAUCAAUAUGCAGCCGCAUACGGCACCAACGGCAUCUCGGCCUCGCCGCAUAUGCAUCUACAGCAGCAACAUCAUCAUCAGCAGCAGCAGCAGCAACUUUACGACGGCACGCUCUAUCACCAAUCGCAUGGGAUCUACGGCCAGGGCGGACAGGGCGCAAUGUCGCCGGAACAGAUUUAUGGGCCGGGAACUCCGUCGCGCAAUAAGCCGCGACCAUCGCAGCCGCCACCGGCGCCUCCAUCAAAUGGCAGCGGUGGUGGCACACCGACCACAUCGAACGCAAAUACACCGACACGCGGUCGAAGCAUGUCGACGAGUCGGGAUGCUUUGCCACCGCCACCGCCCGUGCCGGAUGCGGUGUCGCCAUUGUCGGCCAUGAACGGCAUGGCCAGUGCCCACAUGGCGGCCAAGCUGCUGGGCCGCACCAACAGCACAUCGCGAGCUGGUUCUCCGCAGAUGGCGCCGAGCAACAGUGCACAGAAUGCCAACGACAUGGUGCUGGCCCAGCUGAACAACACUUUCAACAACAUGGGCAUUGUGAAUAGCAAUCAGUUGAACUCGCUUAGCGAUUUGCCACCACCGCCGCCCGUGCCCGACCAGCACUCACCAAAAAUGUCGCCGCCUAAUGUAGCGCCACCGCCGCCACCACCUCCACCACCGGUUGAAGAUGGCAUGGGCGCUGUCCAAAUGCAGUCGCAUCCACACCAAAUUCUGCCCAAGGCAAUGACCAAUGGGGAGCUGCAGCUGUGCCAGCCAAAUGGUGGAGCGCACCUUGUGAGUGCUAAAAAGAUACAGCCUCCAAUUUAUGAUCCACGCAACGAUUUGAUGAAAUCCAUACGAGAUGGCAUUAUACUGCGAAAGGUGGAAAAGUCGGAGCUAAAGGAAAUUGAACGUAAUACGGCAAUGCUGGAUGUGGCCUCAAUAUUGGCCAGGCGAGUGGCCAUCGAGCUGUCGGAGUCGGAGGACUCCGAUAGUGAAGAUGACAGCGAGGGUUGGAUGGAACCGAACGAAACCUCCGCUUGAUCUCUGAUGGCUUCGGUUAAGCUGGAUAAAAUUACGAAAAACAAAAAGAAAAAGUAAUUCCAAAGAAAAUAAUUUGAUGCAGGGGUUGGGCUCCCAGCAUAGACAGGCAGUUGGGAUUACGACAAAGCGCCAAAGCUUUUUUUUUACCAUACUUUAUAAGAGUAUCCCUAUACCCGAUAAAUAUCUACAUACUACACACUAAACCUUAAAUCAAAAUAUUAAUCGAAUUGUAUAUAUAUGUAUUAACCCGCAUAUGCGCAUACCAAGAGUAAUUAUGGCUAAUAAUGUAUAUGUAAUCGCUAAUGAAAUCAUAUAUGAUUUCCAAUUACAUAUGUAUAUGUAUAUGUAUUCAUAUAUUCAUAUUCGUAGCAUGGCUAAGCCUAAGGCCUCGUGAGGGAAUAAAUACUCGUCUCGUUGAUACAGAAUGCAAAUAAGAAUGCAAAUUGCUAACUCUUGUCUUCAGUUUGCUUUGGAGCGCUACCCAUGUCAAGGAUUUAGUGGUAUGGGCGCAAAACAGAAACUAAAAUAAAAUACAAAACAAAAA